UGCUAAUUUGCUCUGCACUUCUACUUGUAAAUAUCUCUAUGUAAAGUGUACUGUUUUCUGAAAGUGCAGAGCAAAUUAACAAUGAAUACACAAUAUAUAUUUCCCUAAGAUUAUAUAUAUAUAUAUAUAUAUAUAUAUAUGUAGUGACUGAGGAGAGAGGGUAUAUAUAUAUAUAUAUAUAUAUAUAUAUAUGCUUCCCCACCACCCUCUCUGCUCAGUUACUUGGACGGUCUGAUUGAAACAUUAAAGCACUUCAAUCAUCGUUAAUUAAUCAAUUCCAUGGAUCAGACUGCUGGAGAUAGUGAGCUCAAUCAACCCCUCUUGCAGCCCACGCAGGCAGCGGCGGAGGAUUCUCCGGCCACCGCCUACGAUCCACAAUCCCAGCUGGAGAAGGUGCUGUCCGACACCCAGUUGCCGUACUUGAGGCGGCUCCGGUCGGCGGCGAGAAUCGAGCUGGGCUUGCUCUUUCGGCUGGCGGCGCCGGCGGUGAUGGUGUACAUGAUCAACAACCUCAUGUCGUUGUCCACCCGCAUCUUCGCCGGCCACCUCGGCAACCUCGAGCUCGCCGCCGCCUCCCUCGGCAACAGCGGCAUCCAACUCUUCGCCUACGGCCUUAUGCUGGGAAUGGGGAGUGCGGUGGAGACGCUGUGCGGGCAGGCGUACGGGGCCCACAAGUACGAAAUGCUGGGAGUGUACCUCCAGCGUUCUACCCUCGUCCUCACCGCCACCGCCGUCCCUCUCACCGUCAUCUACCUCCUCUGCAAGCCCAUCCUCCUUCUCCUCGGCCAGUCCUCCGCCCUCGCCUCUGCCGCCGCCAUCUUCGUGUACGGCCUCAUACCCCAGAUCUACGCCUACGCCGUCAACUUCCCCAUCCAGAAGUUCCUGCAGUCGCAGAGCAUUGUGACCCCCAGCGCCGUCAUCUCCGGCGCCACCCUCUUCCUGCACCUCCUCCUAAGUUGGGUGGCCGUCUACAAGCUGGGCCUGGGCUUGGUGGGGGCCUCCCUGGUGCUCAGCCUGAUGUGGUGGGUCAUGGUGGGGGCCCAGUUCGCUUACAUCGUGAUGAGCGAGCGGUGUAAGGCCACGUGGCGAGGGUUCAGCGUGCAGGCGUUCGCCGGAAUUUGGGAUUUCGUGAAGCUGUCGAGUGGGUCUGCGGUGAUGCUGUGCUUGGAGACAUGGUACAUGCAGAUUCUGGUGCUCAUCGCCGGUCUGCUCAAGAACCCGGAGCUUGCUCUCGAUGCUCUCUCCGUCUGCAUGGGAAUAAAUGGGUUGCUGUUCAUGGUUUCAGUGGGCUUCAAUGCAGCCGCAAGUGUGAGGGUAGGGAAUGAACUGGGUUCCGGAAAUCCGAAGUCGGCGGCGUUUAGCGUGGUGAUGGUUAAUUUAGUGUCAUUUGUGGUGGCGGUGAUGGAAGCUGUGGUGGUGCUAUCUCUACGCCACGUCAUUAGUUACGCCUUCACCAGCGGUGCUACCGUCGCCAACGCUGUCUCCGAACUCUGUCCUUACCUGGCUGUCACCCUCAUCCUCAACGGCGUCCAACCUGUCCUCUCCGGAGUAGCGGUAGGGUGUGGGUGGCAGGCGUUCGUGGCGUACGUAAAUAUUGGAUGCUAUUAUGGAGUGGGAAUCCCUUUGGGUUGUCUUCUUGGCUUUAAAUUCGACUUUGGUGUUCAGGGGAUAUGGAGUGGGAUGAUUGGAGGAACAAUGAUGCAGACCCUUAUCUUGGUGUGGGCAACAUAUCGCACCGAUUGGAAUAAAGAGGUGGAGAAGGCUAGGUCGCGUUUGGACAAGUGGGAAGACAAGUAGAUCUCUAUUCUCUACCACUCACUCUCCUCUUCUCAUCUGGGUCAUCCGAUGGUCCACACCCAACCAAUUCCGCCGCCGGCCGGUCACCGGAAUCUGGACUGGAGAUCUACUUCUUCCCAUUCGUAAUUUUUUUUUCCCUCUUGGGGUUUGUUUUUUUCUUUUUCUUUGCCAAGUUUCAUUCCUUACCCCAAAGGCUUAGCUUUAGGGCUUGAUGCCUGUUUUCAAGCAGAGAGGAGUAUUGCGUUCUCUCUGUUACUUUCUUUCUUCUUCUUUCUUUGAAUCAAAUUGUUUUGAAGAUUUUGGUUUUGCUUUCAUUCUCUCCAUUCAUAUUAAUGUAAAUGUUCCUAGGGGUUCAUCCAUGGUAAACUAAGGAUUUCUUCUUGAAAUUAUGGGCCUUAUAGCUUUUUUUAAUUGAGUUCAACCUUUAUAUUUAAGUAAAGAUAGUCGAAAUAUAAAAA